CCGGCCCGGCCCGGCCCGGCCUGGCCUGGCCUGGCCUGGCGGGAGGCGGCGGCCGCGGCCGUGAGCGAGUCGUGGCGGCCCUGGGGCCCCGGGACUGUGCUGUACCUGGUGCGCCUCGCCCUGUGGCGGGGCGGUGGCUCGGGACCGGCAGCCGAGUGGCUCGGCCCGACUGCGCGGGCUCUCCUCGUGCCGCAGGAGUCUGGCGUGCGGGCCCGGGAGGCGGUUGGGUGGGAUCAGCGGCACGGACAGCCCCGGACGACGGUGUGGGCGCCCGGUUGUAAGGGCGGUGCGCGGCCCAGGUCCUGCUCUGGCCCGGGGAUGAGCAGGAGGUUUCUCACGCUCGUGCCUCGGGGGAGUGGCACUUCUGUUCCUCAAUGGAAAAGGUGUUGAAAACUGUCCACGGCACCAUGGAAACACUCAGACAAAACAGUCAUCUACUGACACUGGAGAGGAAUUGUUGGGCAGAGUGAGGGAAAUGAAGAGCUUCAACCAUCGCUCCAGUAUGGCAGCAGCAGAAUCUGACAAAGACUCCGGAUAUUCAGAUGGAAGUUCAGAAUGCCCAAGUGCUAUGGAGCAGACAGACUCGGAGGAUGUGCUGAAUGCGCUGUGUUGGAAUGCAGAGGAUGGACCUUGGCAAUGCCCGAGGACCACAAGCAGCUCCCUUCCUGCCCUAUCUCCUAUGGUUGUUAUGAAAAAUGUGUUGGUUAAGCAGGGGAGUUCAUCACAGCUCCAGUCUUGGACUGUGCAGCCAUCCUUUGAAGUGAUUCCAGCUCAGCCACAGCUAGUGUUUCUUCGUCCAUCAAUCCCACCUCCCAUUAAUCCUCACCCUGUUGGGAAAAAGAGAAAUGACUCCACUAAUUACCUGCCCAUCCUGAAUUCUUAUCCCAAAAUAGCACCACAGCCCUGCAAAAGAGAUCACUCCUUUGAUCUAGAAAAAUGUCAGGAAACCACUUGCCAUAAACGACUCUGCACAGAAGCACCCAAGAUGGAGACUUCUCCUGGACUGAUGAGCACAGGCUUGCCUACUAGCUCUUUUUCCCACCUACCAGUUAGCUUUAAGACCCCUCAGGAUUCUAGCCAGCAAAGUUCUUCAGCACUGGUGACAAGUGGAAAACUGUCAGCUCUUCCUGGUUUUCAUCGCGUUUCCAGCGAUGCUCAGAAAGUGCCAGGUUUGACUCCCAUUUUGCCUUUUGGAACUCUGCAGGCAGCAAAGUGCACCCUUCAUGAGAGCGAGAGUGCAUCACAGACUGCGGUGCCUUCUGCAGCGUGGAGCCCUCCGUUGAUACCAGAAGAGAUUUGCAGCACCCCUGAGCUGCUCUUGCAGCAGCAAAGCAAGUGCAGGCGCUUUCAGAACACGCUUGUUGUGCUACGCAGGUCGGGACUGCUGGAGAUCACCUUAAAAACCAAGGAGCUCAUUCAUCAGAACCAGGUGACGCAGGCUGAGCUGGACCAGCUGAAGCACCAAACACAGCUUUUCAUAGAGGCAAUAAAGAACAAUGCUCCACAGUCAUGGGCAGAGCUAGAAGCAUCCCUAACAGGAUCUGAUAAAGCUGAUAGCAACCUCGAAGACCCCACUUAUCCCAACAUGUAGUAAAAAUGUGCAUAGCUGUUGGUCAAGUUACUUCUGUGCCUCCUUUUUCCUGUCUUGGACUUCUACUUGAGCAUUUUUUGAGUCCAAGAUUUGUAAAGUUGCAUUGCCAUUAACAAUUUGUCUUCAGAGCCAGCUGUGGGACUGGAAUAGCAUGGUGGGUUCCAGGCAGAAUGGUUACUUAGUACUGCAGCGUGACCUUGAAUUUCAUGCUAACUCUGUGUAAUUUGUUGGUCUGAAUAGCAUGGUGGGUUCCAGACAGAAUGGUUACUUAGUACUGCAGCGUGACCUUGAAUUUCUUGCUAACUCUGUGUAAUUUGUUGGUCUGAAGAAGUUUGUAUAUGUUCUGCUGGCAUGUUCCCAUUCUUGAAGUGAAGACAGUCAUUUGCAGUAUUCUGCAAGCAUCUUCUUAUUCCCAUCUUCAGAUAGUUGUUUCUGAGAGUGCAGCAGCAGAACAGGCCCCACUGUUGGGCCAUCAUCAGUUCCAAGUAGGUGAAGGGAGUUGGUAUGAGGUGAAAGAAGUCCUUCUCCCAUCCCCUUCCUUAUUUUUUUUAUUUAGAGAAAUUGAAUAGAGAGGAGAAUUUGAAGUUCAGAAUAUGUAUUUUUAGGAAGCAGUUGCCCUAGAAAACAAGAUGAUGGGCUCAGGGUACGUAGAGAUGAAAGGGAGGCAGAAAAAAUGAAGUCAAAUCGUAGCUGUUUGAGACAAGGAAAAAUGAGUCUACCAGUGACCUUCUCCAUUCUAUUUCCACUGCUCUAAUAGAGUGUAAAGGAAUGAAAAACUUGCUUUGCAGGGCAAUACCCUCUGACUUAGGGAGACUUAGCUGGUAGAAAUCUCUCGUAGUCCUUAUAGUACCACAUGGACUUUUUCUCUGACAGUAUGGAGGGUGGGCUGAAGUGGGUGUGCUUACAGCUAAUGGGCCUUUCUGCUGGUGUAAUUUGUAUAAAUAUAUAUUCAAUAAAUCUGUGAAUAAAGUUCAGCAGCUGGUUAGAAAUCUCCUACUGGGCAUCAGUCCAGACUUAAAUAGUAUUUACUGAACUAGAAAAAUCCACUCUGGAACUCAUACUUAAAUCUGGGGCUCCUUAGGAAGCAUAUCCCUGGAUAAUGGGAAACUCUAACUCAACAUCUAUAAAAAAAUAAGGAUGUUGAAGGUCUCUGGUGAUAAAUGUGUCAUCAGGUACCACUCUGUUCCAUUUUCUUAGCUGCCUUUAUUCCUGGGAGCCCUGAAAAAGCUUUAAAACAAUAAGGGCUUUCCUUUCUUGGCUGCAAUGUAAUAAAAUACGUUAGCUUGGAAAUGCAUUUGGAAAAUUAGUUGGCUACAUCAGGGCCAGGAUAAGUCCAGAUUCUGGGCAGGAUCUGAAAGUGGUCCAGUAAAUUUGAACAGAAGUGUUAGCCUCUGAAUGGAAGCUGUAAGCAGUGAACUCACAGUUGCUUUUGAUCCUCAAAGCAGCAAGAUUUAGUAUUAAGAAGUUAGCUGAAGAAGUCUUUGUCUAAUCAAUCAUAUGGCCUGCUGCAGCUUCAGCUGUUGCUAACAACUUACAAGUGGGGUAGCUUGAUGUGUCAGACAGACUGGUUUUUGUAUUAAGUUUUAAUAAAUGUUGGUAUUUUUGAUUACUUUUACUAUGUCUUUUUGAAAUUCUACUGUUCUAGUUGGAAUGUAGGUAUUUUCUGUACUUUCAAAGCCCGUUGCUAGCUCUGAAUACAGUAGCCUAACACCUCUGUUAUAGAACAUGACCUUUUUGCUAAAACUUUACAGAAAUUGACUGUGAAAUAUGAAUGAAAUAAAGUAUGUACUUGAAAA